CCGGCGGCAGCCCCGGCGCUCCCGCGCGGCCCCACCCCAGGCGACCCAGCGUGGACCCGCGGGCGGCGGGAGCCCGAGGUGCGGGAUGGACAAGAGGGACAAGGGCAGGGCAGCGGCCGCCUCGCGGACCACGGCUACUCGCCCUCCCGGCCUUCCGACCCCCAGGCCCCCAGGGUCUCCUCGUCCCCCUCCCCCAGUAACCAGCGCGGCCCUCCGAGUUCUGGGAGCCGCGGGAGCUGCCGGGCGAGGGCCCCUGGCCGAGCGAGCAGGGGGUAUCCGGGCACCCGCUCUCCCGGAGGCUGGUCCCCGGGGAGGACCAACGCGGAGCGCUGGGACAGGCCCCCGGAGUCCAGCCUCCAGGCCCCCGGCUGCUGGGAGAGGGGAGCGGGCCCCUGCCAAGACCCCAGCCCCGGGCUCUAUCUCUAGCCCGGGACGUGCCAGCGGGAGCAGCAGGCUAGGCUCUCUUGCACAGAAGGGGCCUCGGCCCCCAGCUGAGGAACCUGUGGCCAGAGGAAGAGCUCCAGAAACACCCAGAAGAAGCGCGCUGAGCGCCGGGGCACGGAGAGACUCUUCCGGGCCCUCCCCAGGCGCCCCUUCCCCAGCCACUUCCCGUCGGUCCCGAGCUGCAGGUGCUGAAGUGGGUGUCGCUCGGGCAGCUCCGAGUGCCCGGCCGCGGCCUCCCACCGAGGCCCCCAAGAAAUCCGUGAGCAGCCCCCCGCAGCAUGGUCCCGCAGAACCGAGUCCCGCCACCAGGAGGCGACCCAGCGCCGGCGGAGGCCUCCAGAGGCCAACCUCGCGCCCCUCGGGCUCCAGCGCCACUCCCCAGUCCUCCCCCGCCCGCCCCGGGGCCUCGCCCCGCCCCGGGACCUCGCCAAGUGGGACACCCCGGGCUCUGGGGCAUCCCUCGCAGCCCAAGUCGAAAGGGCUGCAGGCUCUGCGCCCUCCCCAGUCCACACCCGCGAGGAAAGGCGCAACCCCAGUGCAGGGCUUUUCUCCUCCUUUAGCUACACCCUCUCCUCCGGGUUUGACCCAAACCCCCCAACUGGCACCGCCUCCGCAAAUCACAGGGACUCCCCUGCCUGGCACGCUCCCUCCCUCUCCACCGACCACGCCCCCUUCCCAGUCCCUAACCGGCCCUUUGGCCACACCCCUUCCACUAGCCCCUCCUCCCUCUGCUCCCCUCCCUCCGCAGGCCCUCCCCUCUCCACCGGCCACGCCCCCUUCGCAAGCCCCACCCCCACCCCUGGGUGGCUCCUUUCUGGAGGCGUCCACCUCUCCCACGACCACUAUUAAGGCUUCAUUCUCUCCAUCAUUGUCACCCCCUCUGCAGAGUAUGUCCCCAACCCAGGCUUCUCCAACUUUGCCCCCUCUUCUGGCUCGCUCCUCUCCCUUGGCCACACCUUCUUUGUCGGCUCCUGGACCACCAGCCACGGCCCCUCUACCAGCCUCUUCUGCUCAAGCAACAUGUCUGCUGACCCCACCCUCCCCCCAAGCCACAGCCCCUCUGCCGGGUCUUUCCACUUUGCCUGCUACCCCUCCACUGGCCAGUCCUUCCUUAUCCCCGCCCUCUCUUCAGACCACGCCCUGUACGGUGACCACGCCCCCCACGCUGGACACUUCUCCGGCCGCAUACCCUCCUCAAGCCUCUCCCUGUCCUCUGACCACCCUCUCUGUGCAGGGGCCUCCUCCCCUGUGCUCUCCAUAUCCCUUGGCCUCCCAAUCUCUGCAGCCUGCACCCUCUCUCCUGCCCGUGCCCCCUCCGCAGACCCCACCUGCUCUGGCCGCACACUGUCUGCCGGCCACGCCCUCUCCGCCCCGGCUCCCUACACAGGCCCCACCUUCUCUGGCCUCAUCACCUCUGCGAGUCCCAACCUCUCCACUAACCAUGUCUCCCAAGCAAACUCCAGUUUCUCCUGCCACAGCCCCUCUGCCGGCCAUUCCCUCUCAGAGCGUGCUCCCACCACCUCUGCAAACCCCUCUCUCUCCUGUUUCACUCCCUCUGCAGAACCUUUGCUCUCCCUUGGCCAUGCCCCCUCCCCAGGCUCCACCUUCCCUGGCUUUGCCUCCUCUUCAGGCCCCUCCCUCUCCCCCUGCCUCACCGCCUCCGCGAGCCCCUCCCUCUCCCCUGGCCACAUCCCCUCCUCGGGCCCCUCCCUCUCCCCUGGCCACCCCCUCCCCGCGGGCCCCUCCCUCCCCCGUGGCCACACCCUCUCCACGGGCCCCUCCCUCCCCCGUGGCCACACCCUCCCCGCGGGCCCCUUCCUCUCCCCUGGCCACACCCCCUCCACGGACCCCUCCCUCUCCCUUGGCCACACCUUCCCCGCAGGCUCCACCUUCCCUGGCCUUGCCUCCUCUGCCCUUCUCGACUCUCCCUCUGCAGGCUCCGCCCUCUCCCCUGGCCACGCCCCCUCAGGCUCCACCUUCCCUGGCCUUGCCUCCUCUGCAGGCCCUGCCCUCUCCCCUGGCCACGCCCCCUCCCCAGGCUCCACCUUCCCUGGCCCUGCCCCCUCUGCAACCUCCUCCCUCUCCCCCGGACUCCCCACCUCUGCAAGCCCCACGCCGACCCCCGACCCCGGGUCCGGAUGCCCCCAUCCCGGGCCCACGGCUGACCCUGGCGCUGGCCCCAGCUCCGCCGCCGCCGCCCUCGCGCAGCCCGUCCAGCACGCUGAGCGGCCCGGAUCUGGCGGGCCACAGCAGCAGCGCCACCAGCACGCCGGAGGAGCUGCGUGGCUACGACAGUGGGCCCGAGGGCGGCGCCGCGGCCUCUCCGCCCCCCGACGCGGAGCUCGCCGCCUGCCACCCGGCCUCCUGGAGCCGAGGUCCCGCUCCGCCGCUGGCCCCCCGCAGCACCCCAGGAGCGCAGCUGCCUUGGCCUCCUGCCGCCGGGUCGGGCUCCGCUGACGGCCUCUGCACCAUCUACGAGGCUGAGGGUCCCGAGCCGGCGACCCCCGCCCCGGGCGCGCUGGAUCCGGAGCCCGGGCCCGGCGCGGGUGGUGGGAAGGUGGCGGCUGGAGUAGGGGCGGGGGCGACCUCGCGUGGAGCGAAGCCGGGGCGCCUGGGCGAGCUGCCGCUGGGGGCGCUGCAAGCGAGCGUCGUGCAGCACCUGCUGAGCCGGACGCUGCUGCUAGCUGCGGCCGAGGGUGCUGCAGGCGGCGGCGGCGGCCCAGGGGGCGCGGGGGCUGGCGGCGUCGCGGGGGGCGCCCGUACUGCGCUCAGCGACGCCGAACUGGGCCGCUGGGCUGAACUGUUGUCUCCCCUGGACGAGUCCCGCGCCAGCAUCACCUCGGUCACCAGCUUCUCCCCGGACGACGUGGCUUCCCCGCAGGGUGACUGGACGGUGGUGGAGGUGGAGACUUUCCACUGAGCCAGACCCUUAGCCCCGCCCACCACACCCCUUCCCCCCCU